GGAAGUGAAAGUAAAAGCCGGAGUUUCCUGGUUGGGACUCACAGCCUCGGCUUCUUCGGCGGAGCGAUCGUCUGAGGCGACAUGAGCUCGUUCCAGUUCAACAAGCUUUUGCUGGACAUUUCCAACCAGCUGACCGAGGACCAGCUGAGUAAAAUGAAGUUCCUGGUGCGAGACCUGGUGGGCAAAAGGGAGCUGGAGAAGAUCACGAGCGGGACGCUGCUGUUUCAGGUGCUGACGGAGAGACGCCAACUAGGAAGUGAGCAGACGGAGUUUCUGUCCAAGUUGCUCAGAGACAUUGACCGAAGCGACCUCUCGGACAAAUUGGACAACUUUGAAAACGGUUCGGCGCCGUGUGACGACCAGCCGGACCCGUCGGAGAGAGAUAAACUGGAUAGCGCCACCGAUGUGAUCGCGGGGAACCUGGGAAAGCCCUGGCGCAGGCUGGGCCGGAGGCUGGGGUUGAGCGACGUCAAGCUGGAGUCGGUCUCCACGAGGCACACGGACCUGGAGGAGACGGCCAGGGAGAUGCUGAAGGAGUGGAGGAAGAGUCGGGGGGCAGCGGCCCGCGCGGCGGAGCUAGUGGAAGCCCUGAGGCGCUGUGACUUCAACCUGACUGCCGACAAAGUGGAGGACGCGCUUUCAACCCCCUGACGUCGACGGGACGUUUUACAGAUGAGACGUGAACUCUGGGAGUGAAAAGACGGAUGUGAUUAACCUUUUUUGCGAAAGAAAGAAGUAAAAAUCACAAAAAAUGCUAAUGGUAUUUCAUAUUUUGACCUGAGGAUGAAACACAGAUAAUAAACUUAAUGUGAAAGUAAUGUGUCAGCAAAAUGAUCAUUCAACAUUCUGCAGGUGGUGGUCUGCAGUCUAGCUUGGCAGGUUUAAAUUACAGCCUUUUAAUGUUUUUUCUGCCGAUAUCGGGCAGCAAGUGUGUUGUGGUGGUCUGGGGGGGCUAUAUUUUUAAUCUUAAACGGACCUUAAUGUUUGAUGCUGUAUUGAAUAAGAAUGGAAACUAGAGAUUGAGACUAUGAAGGACCACUGAGUCACUAGA